CCGCGGGUAAGCAACCGCGUGAAAGCUACCACAUCGCCGCAGAUUUGCAGAUCUCCCACCUCGCACAUAUUCAGAGGGACUGGCAUCUACGACGGGGCUUUGAACGGAACAGGGAAGGAAUCAGGAACAUUGGCUCGGUUCAGAGCCUAUCUAGCUGCAUUUCGGCGGCCAUUAUCAGAGGGCCGUUGACGGGGAGUUGCAAUUUACUGAGGAUGGAGGCUUCUGGUGGCGAACAAAUCCAUUGGUUCUGAUGGACAGAGCUAUGGAGAAGGAUGAAGUGGAGAGAAGCCAUGGAGCAAAGAAAGCGCCGCCUCAUAUGUGGAGCCAAUGGCAACUGCUCGAUUCCCUUCUUCCCACCGGCGGAUUCGCUCAUUCCUCCGGCCUCGAGGCCGCAAUUCAAGCAGGUUUGGUUUCCGGGCCGGAAGAUCUGAAAACGUACUCGAUCCACGUCCUGGAGAACACCGCAAGCCUUCUCCUCCCUUUCGUCCACUCCGCCGCCGUAUCUCCGGACAUCGACACAUGGAACAAGCUCGACGCCACGCUCCACGCGAUGAUGACGAACGAUGUGAGCCGGAAGGCGUCGAUGUCGCAGGGAUCGGCCCUGAUGAGAGUCGCGUCCUCUGUUUUCUCCGAAAUCCCGGAGAUGAAGAAGAUGAGGGACGCGUCGCUGGGCAGAUCGAGCUUCCACCACGCGCCGGUCUUCGGCCUGGUCUGCGGCCUUCUCGGAUUGGACGCGGAAACUUCUCAGAAGGGUUACAUGUAUGUAACAUCGAGAGAUGUCGUGUCGGCUGCGACAAGGUUGAAUCUCGUCGGACCCAUUGGCGCCGCAGUUCUUCUGCAUCAGAUCGCAUUGAUCUCCGACGAUCUGUUGAGAAAAUGGAUGAACAAGGGCGUUGAAGAUGCUUGCCAGACUUGCCCUUUGGUCGAUACCAUCCAGGCCUGCCAUGGAUACUUGUUUUCCAGGCUCUUUUGCUCCUAAAUCACUGCAAUAAUGCAGAGCAUUUAUCACCAUUGUCUACUAGGGAGAAUGUUGGUUUAAAUAAUUUUGAAUCUGUACACAAACAAUAAUCGUUUUGUUUUUACAGACUAUUAUCGUUUGUAUAUGUCUAAUCAUAUGUAAUUGUCAUUUGUGGGAUACCUGUUGUAGAUUUCUAGCAUUUUUAAAUUUUGAUUCCUUUCUCAUUAUUUUGUAUGGGUACCUGGUAGUACGUAGUCAUUUGUGGGGGUACCGGUAGUACUUAUUAGUCACUUGUUUACAAUUACUACAGAUUUUGAUUUCUUUGAAUGGUUCUGUGCUAUCAGAUGGUUAGCAUAAAUAUCUCUCUACUUA